AUGUGCAAUGGGCUGCAGAAGGAUUCUUCAACUGUUCUCCUCCUCCAGGACAAGAGAGCUGUGCUGUCUUUCACUACUGGCUCUCAGGAGUCCAUGUUCAGUGCUCAUGGCAUCAAUGGUGACAUGAAUGUAACACUCUGGCCAAUUCAGAAUGGCAUCCUGCACUACUGUGGCUUCCAAGUUCUGGCACCUCAAAUCUUCUGGGCUCCAUCCCACGUGGCCCAGGACGCCCGCGCCGCCAUGCUCCAGGCCUGGCGCAGCCGCCUUGAGGGUCUCUUGGAAGAGACCCCGCUGUGUUUCACACCCAUGGACUGCUUUGAUGGAGAAGGCUUCCAGCUGAAGCCAGAGGUCCAGGAGAAGCACGGCGGCAAGAAGUUUGGGCUCACUGUGGGCACCCACAUGGGACUGGCUGUACCACCUGACAACCAGAUGAGGACUGGCGUCUGA